ACCCGCGCGCGAGCGCCUCUUUUUCCCGCUUCUGUCACCACUCAGCGCGCGAACUGGUUUUCGUUUCCUUCUUAUCUCACUCCUCACCCGAGACCCUCACAAUCCCCUCACCCAAUAGAAGAAGCGGCGGACUUGGCGGCGAUUUGGAUCGAGGCGGCGGCGCGAUUCGGCUUGGAUUCCGGCGCAACGGAGCUUGGACGGGAGACACUCUUUUGCAUCCUCUGUUUGUUUGCAACUUCUCUGCUUUUCUCAAGGUCAGCAGCUGACCAGAGGAGGCUGGGAGCAUUAGUACAGCAACCAAUUCGCCGCAGGUGGAAGGUCUUCUUCUCGGUUGAUAGCACUCUUUUGGUGCCGAUGAGCAAGAAGAACAAACCUGAAAAGUCAAUCAAGUUGCUGAAAGAUGCUGAACAAAUAGUAACUUCAGAUUACAUCACAGGAGAUUCCCUUGAUGAACUAUUGUCGAAACUUAUCAGGAGCGUGGAGGCUGCCAAGGCUUCAAGGGGAGGUUUGCCAGAAAAGAUAUGGAUGAAGCAACAAUUUUCUGUUGGGGUCAACGACGUGACAAGGGUUCUCGAACGAAUGCCUGCUGCUGCUGCUUCUCGUUCUGGCUGUUCCACUGAAGCACCGACCAGCACAGCUAGGCGGAGAGCUCCUUUGGUGCCACUUCAGGCUGUCAUUAUAGCCGCUGAUUGCAAUCCCAAAUGGCUAACAAAGCACAUACCAACCCUGGCAAGCACAAGGCAAGUCCCCGUAUUGUGCCUCAAGGACAACAAAGGAAGCUCGUUGAGGUUAGGUCAAGUGGCGAAUGUCCGAACAGCGCUGGCCAUUGGGAUAAAGGCCAAAGACAGCAUAAUCAAUAAGACUGUUGACGAAGUGCUGAAGGAUUAUUAUAAGCCAGUGGCCGAUGAACAGUAAAUUACCCCCCAUUCCCAGUCCAGUGGCAUGAUGAGCUAGAUCUUAACCUCUGUGUGCUCAACAUUACAAGAACAUCUCCAAGGGGGAGGUUUCCUUUUUUGCGGGGACAUGGGAGGGUCUCUGAAUGUUGUCGAAUUGUAGUGCAUCAGUCUAAUCUCAAGACUUUUGGGUGACAUCUUUUGCUGGCAAAACUCAUGAAGAAUAAGCCUGUGGCUGUGGCUGGUCUGUCGGGUUGGUGCAGUUCGGUUGAAGAAGAUGUGCCUGGAACAGCAUUUUCUAUAACACUGCACUGUACCACAAUGCUGUUUUAUUGGUCGCUGAUGCUGAGUUUUUCCGUAUGAAUUACGCGAAGCAAAGCAAUUUGCGGAAAUCAUUUUUGUUCGUUGUGGAGUUACUGAUGAUUAAUCCAGUUUCAUGUUAAGUUGUAUAUUAGGGAUGGAUGAUUUUCUGACAAUGUGAAGGCAGAAACUAAGAUUAUGUUAAUUUUGA